GGACAGCACGGGGCCGACGUCGCCGCGGCUGCGUCGGUACCCGACCCGACGCCCGCCAAACGGGCCAAGCUGAGGCCCAACCGCCCGGAAGGGCGGUCCAUCAUCGUCCUUUCCGCCUUCGACGGCAUCGGCGCCUCUCACUGGCUGGUCGCCAAGGCCUUCGGACGGCCUUUGCUCGCCGUCUCCUGGGAGGUCGACCGGGCAUGCAAGGCGCUGGUGCAGAAGGCCAUGCCCUGGGUGGAACACAGAGGCGACCUUAUCCGGGACUCGCCAGGGGACGUGGCCGACCUCGUCAUGGACGCCGACCCCGACGCCCUCGCCCUGAUCGUCUGGUGCGCGGCGCCGCCGUGCCAGGACUUCUCCCGGAUAGGCCAGGGAGAAGGUCAUCAGGGCGACAGGGGCAGGCUUUUCCAGGACUCCGUGGAGUUCAUGCACGAGCUCCGCGCCAGGGUCCCCAAGCACCGCUUUGGCUGCCUUGACGAGAACGUCGACGUGGACCGGGCGGCCGCCAAGGUGAUAUCCCACGGGCUCGGGGUCCAGCCGGUCUUCGCCUGCCCGUCCGAUUUCGGCUGGGUAUCCAGACCGCGCCUUUGGUGGACCAGUGAUUGGCGCCGGUCAGGGCACAACGCCACCAUGAGCGCCGGGGACGUGCCCACCCACCACUUCCUGGGCGACAUUGUCGACUUCAUCCUGGCCGCCUGGUGCGAGGGUUGGGACCCGAAGGUUUUCGGCCAUGACCUUCAGAACGCCUACCGCCAGUGGGCGGUGCGCUUCCCUGGUCACUGCGGGACGUUCCUCCCCACCGACCAGGGCGUGACCCUCUGGUUUCACUACGCCAUGUGCUUCGGGGCGGCCGCAAGCGUCUGGAACUUUAAUAGGGCGGCCGACGCCGUCCAGAUGCUCAUGCGGGCGCUCCUCCUUGUGCUCCUGGGCCACUUCGUCGACGACUUCAACGGCGCCGACGACAACCUCACGGCCGACUCCGCCCAUGGCGUCCAGCUCCACGUCGGGGCGGAAGGGGUGUGGCUCAGCCCGACUGAGGAGCGCAAGCAGAAGAUCCUGGCACAGAUCGACGAGGCGCUGGAAGCGGACAGCCUCUCACCGGACGCGGCGUCUCGCCUGGCCGGGCGCCUCACGUUUCUCUCUCAGUCGACCUUCGGCUGUACCGGGCGUGCCGCCAUCAAGCCCCUCUGCUCGCGGGCGGCGGACACC